AUGGAUGAUGGUAACUUAGAAAAUGACUAUGGUCAAUAUACAACAUAUAAUAACAGUAAUAGUAUUAAUAAUAAUCAGAAUAAUACUACGAAUAUUAAUACUAAUAAUAAUAAUAAUAAUAAUAAUAAUAAUAAUAAUAAUAACAGUAAUAGUAAUAAUAAUAAUAUGAGCAAUAAUAAUUUUUACCAAUACUUUGAUUAUAAAGAAGAAGAAAUUAAAUCCACCAAGGUGGUCCAUAAAGAUACCAAAAGACCUCGUCGUCAAUCCAAUACUGGUCAGCCCAAGAAAAAAUCAAAACCCUCUUCUACUACCACCAACAAGAAACAAGAGGCAUUUGGCACCAACAAGAAACAAAAGACCUCCUCCAAGAUUGUCGAUGUUUCAGAUGAAUAUGACCAAGAGAAUAAUAGAAAAGAAUACGAUGAUGAUGAUGAUGAUGAUGAUGAAGACAUCUUUGGAGAAGAUUAUAUUAAUCAAGUCAAAUAUUUGGAAGAACGCAAAGAGGAAGAAUAUGAACAUUUGGAUCGCCAACAGCAGCAAAUUAAUGAAGAGACAAUUACUACCACCACCACAACAACCACUACUACCACAACUACACAACAACCAUUGAUGAUUUCCAGCACCGACACAGAUAUGGUAUAUUCUGAUACAGGUUCCGAAUGGAGAGACUCUGAAUAUGGUGAUGACCCACCACCCAUGUCUCCUGCCGCUCUAUUGGCAAUCACCCCUGUUCGUAAUAUUGAACAGUUUGAAUACGAGUACAAUGAAGAAGAAGAAAAGUGUACUGGAAUUUUCUUGGCUGGAAGGGCGGACAAUAUGAUUCCCCAAGAUGAUGGCUCUUCCGAUAAUUCUCAGAAUAUAUUCUUUAAAUGGUUUUAUUUCCCUUGA